UGGAGGAACAAUCUUGACAGGUAGCUGUGAAUCGGCGCGACGCCGGGAACAGGGCGGAACUUGUUACUGUUGUCUGCAGUGAUAUCAUAACACUGCAAUAUGAAGACGCGCUCAUAUGACCGCCACCCGUCUCCAUCCCUGGGCUAGACACAGGUGCCAUAACUGGGGCAGGAGGUAGGCAUGGGGAAUAAAAGGAGGAGGAAGGAUGCCAGCUGAGCCACUCGUCCCUCUGCAUCUGCCACUGCUGCCAGCAACAGACUAAAGAAAAACAGAAAAUGGCUCAGUCUGUGAGGAGGGCUGGGACUUUAGGAGCCAUGGACCGUGAGCCCCAGAGAGACAAGGCGAGGACUAGCUACUUCGGCAAUGUCAAGACCAGGUUGGGAUCCAAGCUGCCUGCUGGUGUCUCUCAGCCUCCACAGUUUGCAAAACGGCCCUGGGAGACACAACCAUCAGGCCGAGUGUUGCAGGAGGCUACAACCAGCAGCCAGCUCCAGCACCAGACAAUUGUGUGUCGACCCCUCAACCACAUCCCGCACAUCAGAAACCCUAAGCUGCGGCAGUACUACCUCGCAGGGACUUCAUGGGAUCUGAACAAUACUGUAGUGACAAACGAGCAAGUGGGUGGAUCGUCAGGUGACGGCCCAAGCAGCAGGGGUCUCCCUCGGGAUGGUGUGUUCAGCGUCUCAUCUAAGUUUAACAGUAAUGCAUCCUCAACGGAGGAGAGCGACAUGGGUCACCAGUCCACCCUUACAGGAACUAAACCGUCCUCGUCGUCUGCUACCCUCAUCGCCAGAGAGCAGCUGGUCGUCCCAAAAGGAAAAAACACUUCUCCUGGAGAAGGAUCGUCGCAUCCAGAACUGGAUUCCGAUACUAAGGAGAGACCAGAAGCGGAAGUAGAUCAAGACCCUUUGAAUCCACUCGCUGCUCAGCCUCAGUCCCCGUCACCAGAAGCAGAAUACGACAAACUACUGGAUGUGGAGGCAGUACCGAUGCCUGAUGGGCAGCUCUGCUUAUUGGCUCUGCCACCAGAGUGCUGUGAGGGGGAGGGACCAGAGCCCAUGCCAUAUCUCAAACUGAUCUGCCGCUACAUCACUGAUCGUAAGGGUUGUGUUUCAGGCAUCCUGCUGGUGACUUCUAAUAAAAUCUUCUUUGAUCCGUGUAAGACACAUCCUCUGGUGAAGGAGCAUGGCUGCGAGGAGUACCUUCUGUCAUACUCUGUUGACAAUCUGGCAUCUGUCUCCUUCUUCUCUGAUAUCUCACAUGUUCACUUCAACACCUCUCAGCAGAGGAGAAAAGGGAAAAAACUUUUCCAGAAGCUGAAAAUGGCCAAAAAACAAGGUCAGUUGAAUCACAAGGGGGAGUCGUGCCCACCUCUGGUGUCUGCUGCUCCAGCUGAUUUAUCCAGACUGGCUCUGAGCCCGACCAAGGAGGUUUCUGAAGAUGAGGAGGCAGAGAGCAAGGACAUGGCUGAAGUUGAACAGGAGCUGGAUAGCAGCCCUCUGGAGGUGCUGACUGAAGCAUCGGUCGGCAGCCUGGCUGUCCUGAGCAGUGCUGCCACCUUCUGCUGUGGAAGUCAAGAGGUGGCGAGCAAAGUGAACAUGGACCAACUGCAAUCUGAAGAAAUGGAGAAGACCUCUGUAAAAAAUCAAACUGCAGCACCUAAGAGGUCAUCAGCGAGCAGUCCUGGGGGUCUGAUGUUUGUGAGGCUGCGGGUUCAGCCAUCGGCAGGAAAGAAAAAGGGUGUCGGAGGUCUUCACCUCGGACCAGCCAAAGCAUUACCUAAAAGGGAUACCUGGCUUGCACUGUCACAGGAAAGCUCCGACGAGCUGUACGCCUACUUAAAACACUGCCGACCAGACUUGUGUAUGCUUGAGGGAGGAAAGGAGGACGGGGAGGGAGACCGUGAUGAUGAGGAAUUCGUACUCAUUGAAGACGAGGAGGAGGAGGAAGAGGAGGAUGAGGACAAGCUGCUUCAGAGACACUCAGGGGACGAUUGGGAAAUGGUGUUGAUGGAGGAGAGUAGAGACAAGCCGCUCUUGGUCGUUGAUAGAGACCCCGAAGGACUCAGUAAUAUUGUUGAGAACAGCCAGAUUUUGGAGGCUUCACACGUCAGAGAGCUGUGUAAGGAGCUUCCUCCCAGGACUGUUGGCUACACAUGGCAGCUGGCUUACAGCACGUCGCGUCACGGCGCCAGCCUCAAGUCUCUUUACAGAAAACUCAGCGGCACGGACUCGCCUGUUAUUAUUGUCAUCAAGGAUGCGCUCGAUGAGAUAUUUGGGGCCUUCCUCUCUCACCCUUUGAGGUCUAGUGAGAUGUUUUACGGUACAGGAGAAACGUUUCUCUUCAUGUUGCAUCCUCGCUUCAAGUGUUUCAAGUGGACUGGAGAGAAUUCCUUUUUUAUUAAGGGAGACUUGGAUUGCUUUGCUAUUGGUGGAGGCAGUGGUCACUUCGGUCUGUGGGUGGAUGAGAACCUAUACCUGGGCCGUAGCAGUCCCUGCUACACUUUUAAUAACUGCUGCCUUUCAGAAACCGAUGACUUCCGAGUCAUGGAGCUAGAAGUGUGGAAAUUCAGCUGAGGAGAUUGGACGACGUUUCAGCUUGUUUCACGUCGUCGCUGCUGAUCGGCUUUAAUUGAGACAGAAUUAUCACUGAGCGGAAACAUGCAGCAGCUCCUUCAUUUCAUGGUAACAUCCAUAAACGAAAACAAUCAACCUUAAACUUCUGGAUUAAUCCAUGUGAUUAAGUGCUGUGGAUUUUAACAAAGUGAACUGAAAUAAAGCUGAUCCGUAACAGCCUACUGUCAGAGUGGGCUCUGAGGGUGGACUGCUUAGUGGCCGACUCAUUCCUGUGGGUUUGGCAAACAAACUAAGUUGUGCUACAGUGAACUGUAGAGCAGAACUGGAUUCUUUGAAUCCUAAUUUUUGGAUGGACGACGUUACAAAUGGAGUGAGUUAUAAAUCUCAGACUGCACUUUGCUGUUAAUAUGAAUCGGUAACAUCACAAUAUCCCAUUAUUUAUUGUGUAAACGUUUCCCUUCAUAGUUAAAGCAUGCCCCCACUUCAAUGCUUUCUGAACUGCAUGUGUACAGCCCAAACUCUCGCAAACACUUCCCUUCCUUAACCACUAAUCAUCACUUUAAUGGCUUUUCGUUCAUCGGUGACGCAGACGGCUAAAAUGAACGCCGAACACUUGGAGCUCCGCUUUUAGAAAGCCUUCUGAAUAGAAGAUCAUCUGUACUUCUGACUUUAACAGCCUCAUUUGUCACUAUUCACCACUGUGGUUUCUGAACGUACAAAAAUCAAUACUUCAGAUUCAUGUAAUUAUGUCAUUCGGCUGUAUCUUACUCUGAUAGACCAAUCUACUCUAACUACACUCUACAGUACUGUAGGUGCGUUAAUAAAAAUCAGCACAAUGUGAA